AUGUCCGCCCUCGAAAACCAUGGCCCGGCGGCCCUCGAAUCUGCGGCGGGUGCUGGCAAACGCAAUCGACCUUGCGAUGCGUGCAGACGACGUAAGGCCAAGUGUGUUACUGAAGGCGGAAAUUCGAUUUGUGUCUUGUGCAAACUUCAUCACCAGGAAUGUACCUACCUCGAGGCUCCCCAGCCUCGCAAACGCUCUUCAAACUCUUCGGCAGGUGUAGAUCUUCGGCAGGUGUCUACCAAACGCAACAAGACAUUCCACCUCAAACCCGGUACGGGUGUCGAAGAAUAUGACUCCCUACCAGGUCCAUCAUUGCUGAAGCGAACGUUGGGCUUACAAAAUCGUCAUCAUACCGAGUACGUCGGCUUCCAUGCUACGCCCGAUAUUUACGGGCCACAUGGUCUUCAAAAUCUCGAUGCUUCGACCGCGGAGGAACCGAUGAAGAAGGGCGUGGACUUCAUCCGCUUUGUUCAUAAGUCGCACGCCUUCCGCAUAAUUCCUGACAGUCAGAUUCCUGGUUAUGAGCAGGAACAACGCUCGAUCGAUGAGAUUCAGUCUACAGCGCAAGGUCACGGUGCUGAGUUGGUUCGACUUUACUUUCGAAUUGUGCAUCCGAGUUUUCCAAUCUUGCACAAGGAUGUUUUCUUGGAAAAGUACAAUCGAUCAUACCGUGAAUUUUCGCCACCUUUACUGGCAGCAGUCUACUUACUGGCUUCAGGCUAUUGGAGUUUUAGCGAGUCCUUGGCGGAUUCCAAGCGAAUAGACACCGUGGCUCUGCAACACUUGGCCUUCAAAUCCUUGCAAAAUACCCUGAGGCGCCCAAAAAUAUCAACACUCCAGGCGGGCCUCCUGCUGUCGCAGUACCAAAAGGCCUUCGCGGGAAAUGCAGCGGUCGAACAGCAAGACAGACUGACCGUGCAACUUGUUAACUUGGCCCAUGGUCUCGGCAUACAUCUAGAUUGUAGUGCGUGGGACAUUCCUGACUGGGAGAUCAGCUUAAGGCGGCGCGUUGGAUGGGGCUUAUACAUACAAGACAAGUGGACUGCCUUGCUCGAAGGUCGUCCUAGUCUAAUAAGUCACGAAGAGUGGGACGUGGCAGAUCUGACCGAAGAAGACUUUCCCGAGAAUCUGGAGGAUGACGAAGAAGGCAGCAGCGAGGUGGGCAGAGGGCGUUUAGUCUUUAUGCACAUGGCGAAGCUCACUGAAACUCUCGCGGAUAUCCUCAGAGAUCUCUUUUCCGCUCGCGCUCGGAGGAAGCAAGGUGACACGGCCGACCCUCUAGCGAAUGCACUAGAAGCGAUCAAAUCACCUCAGGCGGCGCUUAAACAGUGGUUUCUCGCUUUGCCCGACUCCCUCACUUGGGAUACGACCGCCUAUCUGAAACUCUCCUCUAUCGGUUAUCUUCGCAUGGCAUACUUGUCGCUCGAGGUCUGUCUCUAUCGUCAUCUCAUGCAGAUACUUACUGCUGUCGAGAAACCUGAUUUGACGCUGUCAAGAAUAUGCCGCGAGGCAUCCCGCGAGCGCUUCAUCAGUGCGAGCGACUUCGUGCACAGUCUGCAGCCUCAACAAUUGUGCGCAUUCUGGUACUUUGGCUCUGCCAAAUGUUGCACAUUGAUCUAUUCGAUCGGUCACAUUCUCGAGUAUUCGGCAUGGCAAGAAGAAGAGAAAGCUUUCUACACACGUAAGCUCAAAGAAUUGAAGUUCAGGUUAAAACUUUCUGGUGAGGCCGGGGCAUUCUUCAUGACACAGGCAUUGGCAUUACUAAAUCGUCCUGUACGCCUCACGAGUGAGUCCAAGGAUACAGACAGCUCGCAACGGAGUCCGAUCACAAGCACCACCCUAGUGAAUCAGUCAGGCUUUGAGAAAGAUCUAUCAUUGAUGGAGACCUGGAGUCCAGACCCCGCGUCACUAUCGAACGGGACGGAAAAUAACUUUUCGGAUAUGUCCGCCGAUGUCGACUUCCUUUCAACCUUUCCUCUGAAUUUAGACUCUGUGUAUGCUCCACAGAUGGUGCAGGGGGUGUAUGUCAAUGUGUAUCAGCAGCAGCACCAUCAUCAUCAACCACCACCGCCACUACCACCACAACCACAGGUCCCGAUUCACAGUCGCUCACAGCAACAUCAGUACUCGCACCCACAUCCGCAUUCGCAUCCGCAACAGCAGGCUUACCAUCUCCAUCAACAACCACAUGAGCAGCCGCAGAGUUUUAUCACAGAUCCCUCUCAAGCCAGUCAUCAUCAUGUACAUCAAUCCUCGCCAUACCACUAA